UUGAAGAUGUACUCAAAUUUAGUUGAGACAAUAAGCGGCGAGUAGCACGACACGAAAACUCAAGUAUUUGUUUGUUGGUUGGCGUCAGUGACUCAACAACACUUCCUACUUACCACCAUCAAUUCAAUUAAAUUCCCCUUUCACCUCCACACAUCCAAACACUCCCUUAUCCUAACCUAACUAACCACCACUCUUUUUUCACACUGUUAUAUCAUCAUUCAUCACAUUAAUCAUUAUUUCUUUCUAAUUUCAUUUCAAAAAACAAACUGUAACUAACCAUAGAACAUUCUAGAAUGAACCCGUUACAAUGGAACGAACAAGUGAACGAAGCGGUUACAAAGAGGUUACAACUAUGGCAACAACGGAGCAAUGAAUCACCAAUGACAUGGGUAACUGAGUUGAUUGAGUAUCUUAACUCGGUUGGAGUUGAGUUACCGAGUUGUGAGUUAGUUGAACUUUUGGUUUCUCAAAUUUGUUCUGAAAAUGGAAAGGAUCAUCCUUCAAUGUGGAAGUUUCUUCAUCAAGCUCUUACUUCUCGUCUUGUUUUUCCUCUUCAAUUGAUUUCGCUUUUAUCUUAUAAGGUUUUUCGUUGUCGCAAUUUUCAUCCUCAUGCUUAUGCUCUUUUCCUUCCACUUCUUCAUCAACAUGUUUUCAAUUUUCAUCCAAUUGCUUCACAUUCCUGCAAUAACAAAAUAAUUAAGUCCAUUGAUUCUGUCCUUCAUUUUUCUGAAACAUUCAAAAUUCACGAUCUGGAGCUAGGACAUGUAUUUGUGCUGUUCUUUUUUAACAUCAUCAUUGCUUUGAUUGAUAGCACAUUAAAUGACUGGGGAUUACAAGUGACCUUUAAUGAAAGAUCGUGUUUAGUCCCAAAGGGCGACCAGUAUAUGGAAAUUGAUCAUAAUGUGAUGCACAAUUUUAAAAAAGGUGAUUAUCAUGAACAGAUACGGAAGAGGAAUGCCAUCACAGCCUUAGAGGUAUUGGGAAGACUAAGCGAAAGCAGAAAAGCAACGAUUCUUCUGCAGUCUGUUCUCUUAAACAUGCCUGAAAAUUUCAAUUGCCUCCUGCAGAGGCUUCAAUUUCUUGAAUCCCUUGAAUUAGCAUCAUCAGAAUUAAAAUUAGUAAAUCAAGUCCUUAGAAAAGUGUCUACCAGGAUCCGUGGGGUUUCUCAUUUUGAUUACUCCCUAAAUAAGCAUCAGGUGGUUGGGAUGAUUGUUGAUGUUGGAUCAUGUAAAGCAUUGUUGAAGAACAACUACAGAUCUUGUUGGGUUCCUUUAGACAUUUAUAUGGAGAAUGCUAUGAAUUCUAGACAGAUUCCUAUCAAAUCAGCUAUUGAGGUGCUUACAGAAGGAAUCAAGACACUUCAAAUAUUUAACCAGGCUAGCUGGCAUGAAACCUUUUUGGCACUUUGGCUUUCAGCCCUCCGGCUUGUGCAGCGAGAGCGUGAUCCUCCUGAAGGUCCUAUUCCCCAUCUUGAAGCACGUUUAUGCAUGCUUUUAUCUAUCGUCCCUUUGGCAAUUGUGAAUGUUCUACGGGAUGACACUGAAAAUAAUCUGUCUACCGUUCCAGUUCCUAUGAGAUCACAAUACAAACCUGAAAUGAAGAGCGAUGGUUCUAUUAAACUUGGGCUGACUUCAUCUGUUCAAGUCCUUGGGCACUUUUCUGGCCUUCUUUGCCCUCCUGCAUUAGUUGUUGAUGCAGCCAAUCAGGCAGCUAAAAAAGCAGCGAGUUUCAUUUAUAAUUCAAUGAAUGAAAAGGGUGAAUCUUUCACCAGCAUUCAUGCUAAUGCCAAUACAAAAGCAGGUGGGAACUUGAGGCAUCUCAUAGUGGAAGCUUGUAUAGCAAGGAAUUUAAUGGAUACAUCAGUGUACUUUUGGCCUGGUUACGUGUCUACAUCUGUUAUGUCUUUGUCAGAUUCAUCGCCACUAGAAAAAUCUCCAUGGUUAACAUUUAUGGACGGAACCCCGUUAAACAAUUCUCUUAUAAAUGCCCUUACGGCAACACCUGCCUCAAGCCUAGCGGAGAUAGAGAAGUUAUACUAUAUUGCAUUAAAUGGAACGGAGGUGGAAAGGCCUGCAGCUGCAAAGAUUCUGUGUGGUGCAUCCCUCAGCCGUGGAUGGUAUAUUCAGGAACAUGUGGUCCGCUAUGUAGUCAAACUACUGGCUUCUCCCGUACCUCAUAGUCAUUCUGGAACUUGGGGCCUCUUGGUGGAUAAUAUGUCCAUGCUAAGUGCUGUCCUCCGUGGAGCUUCCUGUGUUGAUACAGUUCAUAUACUUUCUUUACAUGGUGUAGUUCCCACAGUUGCUGCUUCUUUAUUGCCGCUUUGUGAAGCAUUUGGCUCAAUUACACCGACUCCAAAUAGCACAGGCGAUGAGCCUUCAACAUCAGUUUACAUGGCUUUUUCUUUAGCAUUUCUUUUCCUCAUUCGUUUAUGGAAAUUCUGUACACCCCCUCUUGACCAGUGCAUCACAGAAGGAGGAAUUGCAGUUGGAGGUUUGGAGUAUCUUUUGACAUUGCACAAUAACUGUGUCAUGUCUUCCCAAGAUAAGCUUAAAAGCAAUCAAAAUCUCUUAGAUUCUGCAUUUAAACCUGUAUCUAUCGAUUCAUUUCCAAAAUUAAGGGCCUUGUAUUGUCAAUACAAAUCUUGUGUUGCUUCAACCCUUUCUGGUAUUUCUACUGGAAAUUCCAGUCAUCAAACUGCUAGCGUAAUCUUAAGCAUGAUUUACCAAAAGAUGUCUAAAGGUGGUAUUUCAUCAAGUAAUUGUUCAUCACCAAAUAGCAGUAAUGCAUGUAGCUCUCUCAUAAAUUCUGGUGAUGAUGCUCUUCAAAGACCUGUGCUCCCUGCAUGGGAAGUACUAGAAGCUCUUCCUUUUGUCCUAGAAGCAAUCUUAACUGCUUGUGUUCAUGGGAGGCUUUCAUCGCGAGACUUGACAACAGGUCUGAGACACCUUGUUGAUUUUCUUCCAGCGUCAAUUGCUGCCAUUAUUGAUUACUUUUCUUCAGAAGUUACUCGUGGUGUAUGGAAACAAGUUCCAAUGAAUGGAACUGAUUGGCCUAGUCCUGCAGCAGUUCUUCAGUCAGUGGAAUCAGAAAUAAAAGCUAUACUAACUCAUGUUGGCGUUGAGGUUCCAAACUGUUCAUCUGGAGGCUCACCAGUAAUGCUUCCAUUACCAAUGGCAGCUCUUGUCAGUUUAUCCAUUACUUUUAAACUUGACAAGAGCCUGGAGUACAUCCAUGCUAUCACCGGAGCUGCUUUGGAAAAUUGUGCAUCAGGUUGCCCUUGGCCUAGCAUGCCUGUUAUUGGCUCUCUGUGGGCACAAAAGGUUCGCCGCUGGCACAACUUCAUUGUCGUAUCCGGUUCCCGCUCUGUGUUCAGACAUAACAAUGAAUCUGUUGCUCAGCUGGUGAGAAGUUGUUUCACCUCAUUCCUUGGAGUAUUGUCUGGUUCAAACUCAAAGUUGACUGCUGAAUGUAGUGUGAAUGGUCUGUUGGGUAGUUCUAUUACUGCCCCUGGUGCCAUUCCUUUUGUUGCACCAGGAUUCCUUUAUCUUCGAUCCUGUCGAAAUAUACACAAUGUGCAGUAUCUGAACGAUGUGAUUGUGGGACUAGUGACAGAGUAUUCCAAUGAAUUAGCCGGAAUAAGGGCGAGUUCUGGCUCUAGCCGCUUAAAGUCCAACGAAACAUCAAUAUCCCUAGCAGCUCAAAGUGCAAAAGACAUGGCAACACUCGGUGCAAGUCUUUUAUGUGCAGCUGGUGGUAUACAACUGGUCCAGGAAUUGUACAAGGAGACUAUUCCUACCUGGCUGCUGUCAUCAAGGGAUGUCAAGCGCAAAAAUGAUAAUGUGGUGUCAUAUAUACUUGAGGGUUAUGCUAUAGCAUAUUUGUUGACACAGUCGGGAGCAAUUUUAUGGGGCGUUGGGACCAAAUUACCAUCAUCGAAACUCUCUAGAAGGAAUCGCAUAAUUGGAGUCCAUUUGGACUUCCUGGCAGAAGUCAUGGAGAGAAAAAUUUCCCUCAGUUGCAAUCCUCUUACAUGGAAAACUUAUGUCUGCUGUUUAGUAGGAUUAAUGGUUAGUUUUGCACCUGCAUGGCUUCAAGAAGUGAAGGUAGACACUUUGAGGAAAUUAGCACGCGGAUUAAGCAGAUGGAACGAACAUGAACAAGCACUUUCUCUACUACAAAGAGGUGGGACUGCAGCUAUGGGAGCUCUUGCUGAACUUGUCAAUGUGAUUGACUUUGAACAUAAGAAGCCAUGCUCAUAAAUCAAUAUGAUGAUUGAAUCGUAAAACGUCAAUUUUGCUUCAGAGAAAAUUUGGGAGUUUCUUUGUGGAUAUAUUUAACUCUAGUUAGUUAGAUAGAUAGUUACAAAGUUAGUUAGAGUUUACAAUAGUAGUAUAAUCUUAGUCUUCACUUUAUAGAGUUAAUUGGUGGAUUUAAAAAAAAUUGUAACCUUUUUCUCUUAUUCAUUGAUAUCUUGAGCAUGGCUCAAUUCAUUGAUUUAUUGAGCUCCUUCGUUUCCAAUUCCAAGUCAUAGUUAAAAUUCUGUAGAAUUUGGAUUGUUGAAUGUUAUUAAUUUGCCCAAAAAAUGGUGUUGAUGCGUACCUUCAAAACAUGUCUUUUCAAAUUAUACACACAAAGUUUUAUAUUUA